AUUAAUGUUCUGUGUGUUGGGAAAGGACAGUCUGGCUGGUGGAGGGGUGAGUUGGAGCCUCCUGGGGGCACCGAUCAGAGAGCUACAGGAAGCUUCUGAGCACUGGUCCAGUUUUUGGGCCUGAGGCCCUGGAGCAGAGGGGAGAGCUCUUCUCCAGUGGGGCAGGGGGGGCUGGAGACCAGGGACCGCAGCUGUGGAAGGCAACAGAGAGGAGCUUAUGGGAGCCUCCUGGGGCAACUUGGUCUGAGGUUAGAGGCCACAGCACACCCACAUUCCUGGUGCUUGUCAGAUGCAAAUGAUGAGAAUAAUAGGGCCUCUGUCCCUAGGCCAUUUGUGGUAGAGCCUGGGCUCCCGGGAAUCAUAGCUCCUUCAGGCCAGCCAUGGACCAGUUCAGGGGAAGCAAGCUCCGGUUGGGGCCACCCCUUCCACCCCCUAGAAGUGUAGUCCCCUGUCCAGAUUCCCAAGCCUGGAACGAAGAUGCCCCCGGCCCAUCUCCUCGGCCCGCCCCAGGAACCUGGAGAUUCGAGGAGGAGGAGGAGGAGGAAGAUGAAUACGAGCUGCCCCCCUGUGAGGCUCUGCCCUUCAGUCUUGCCCCAGCCCACGUUCCUGACCCCGAGAAGGACUCUCCGUACUUGGAUCACCCUGGCCCCCUGGGCCCAUCCAAGUCACCACCACCACAGCCCCAGGCCACAACGCUGAAGGCAGCACUGAGCCUGCAGGAGGCUCGGAAGCAGGGGCAGCCCUUCCCCUUCGGGAAGCAAGGGUGGGCUACACCGGCCAGGGUGGUACCAGGCCUUCCAGAGAAAUCUGAUGAGAACCUCUACCUGGAGUGUGAGCCUAGUCCAGGCCCGGCCUUGACUCGGAUUCUGAGCUCCCAAGUCCUGAUGCCCCCAAUCUCUCUGCCAAGGGUAUCAGUGGUGCCCAGGCCCACCAUAGCCCCCCAGGAAGCUCGGAAUGUAAGAGGCUGGUACCCAGGGGAGAACUGGCCUGGGGUGCGGGGAGGCUCAGGGAGGGACUUCAGGCCCAGCGGAUGGGGCUACAGGACUGAGUCUCUUCUGACCAGCCUUUCUGUGUCCCAGGGAGCAGCGAAUGCCACCUCUAAAACUGGAAGGAGAUCCUCUCUUUCCUCUAGAGCACCCACCUGGAGCACCUCAGCUACUGAGCACGGCGCUGGGCACCAGGCACGGACACCUCUUUGUUCUGCUGGUGCAGACUCAGUCUGGGGAAGGCAGAUGACGGCAGCCUGCUGGCUCAGCCCUGGUACUCAGGCAACUGUGACCGCCAUGCUGUUGAGAGUGCCCUGCUCCGAUUCCGAAAGGACGGGGCCUACACUGUGCGCCCCAGCUCAGAGCCUCAUGGCUCCCAGCCCCUCACCCUGGCGGUGCAUCUCGGUGGCCGGGUCUUUAACAUUCCCAUCCGGCGGCUGGACAGUGGGAGCCACUAUGCCCUGGGACGGGAGGGCAGGAACCACGAAGAGCUGGCUCCUCUACCGGCUUGCUCAUUCGGCUCACAGUGUCAGCAUUCUGAGGGACCAGGGCACUGCUCUGGGCCCAGGACCUCACCUAACUCUCACCAUGCUCCCCAGAGACCAAAGCUCUGUUGUGGGAUCUCAGGCCCCACCUGCUUUCCAAGGAUUCCAAAUGUGGCCUCCUCCCAAGCCCGGCUCCCCAGGCCCACCCAGUCCCCACCACUGCCUUGUUCCCUCUGGAUUUCCGUCACAGGUGGCUGUGUGAGAUCAGGAUUAACCUAAUUUGGAGUGCAGGAUGACUUGCACUCAAUUGGAUGGAAUUGGAUUGGAAUUGGUUUGUUGAACCAUUGACCAUUGAAAAUGGUGGCCUUUCUUUAA